CACCGAUCCCUGAUCAGGAAGCAAAAUUGCUGGGUGUCAGCCACGCGAGGUCUCCACCACCACCACCAUCGCUUCGGUCGUUGGACCGCUGCCAUCCUGCGCCAGCGCUCGGGAAGCAUCAAUUAGAACAGAGUUCCACACCACUAGAACGAUGGCCUCCCCGCUCCAAUUUCGCAUGCCUUGGCGAUCUUGCGUCUUGGUGCAAGUUAGUGAUCUUGAGUCUUGGCCUCUUGAUCAACUGUCAACACCUCAACACCUUCUUCACCUCUCGCCUCUCGUCCGAGGGGCCCGUGGUAUCGGUGUGACCCCUUUCUUUUUAGUCGUGGAUGCAUGCAGAAGAGAGGAAAAUUAUGAAACAUGCAGCCGGCCCAAUCUCUUUGUGCUGCCGGAGUGGGAGCUCGGAUUGCUGGGCUGCAGGUACGGAGAACCACACCACUUCACUGGCCACUGUUGCUUGACCGCAGACCUCGAUGUCCCGUCCUCCUCGUGCACUCAGCCGACCAGAAUGCUGCUUUUGGACUCCUGUGUCACUCACUCCCCCUACCGGUGGCUACAACUAUUGCGAUCCUUGGGGCAAGGGAUUGCUUUUCUCUCCUCGUCAAUGGAAUUGGAAGAUUCCUUCCUUAUCAGCGGGAAGCCGUCGACGUUCGGUGCAAGCAAGAUGCACUCUUGCCGCGUCCCGAGGGCUUCGACUACUUGAUCCAAGAGUUGAGACAUAUUGGCAGGAGGUUCCCCGUUGCCCCAACUUACCCGUGCAUCAUGGAAUGUCUCUGGACUCUUUGUUCUGGCAAGGGCAGGCAGCUCAGCCAGUAUUGGCACGUUUCUUGGCUUAUGACAAUCAACGAUCUCCGUUCGUGGGUUUUGUGGAGCACACGGAGGCUAGUCCUACUAUGAAG